AUGGGAAGAUUACUUAAUUAAGACUUCAGCAAUAAUUUCUAAAAUGACUAGAUGAUUAUUCCGACAAUUAUCGAUAAUGACCCUUAUCUUUAAUUAGUACCUAGUGAAUCUCAACCGCUAAAUAGUUAGAUUUUCGGAAUGAACUCUUAAAAACAAGAAAUCUUCUACUCCGCUCGGGAAUCAUUAUAGUAAAAUAAGUAAAUUUCACCCAAGUACUCUCUUCCUUUGAAUUUAAGCAAAGUUUCAAUGGGACAGUCUCCUUUGGUCUCAAGUGGAAGAGAAGAGAGAAUUGUUAACUAAAAAAAUCAAAUGAAUACAAAGAAUUUACUACAACAAGCAUCACCUCAAACUUAGGUUCAGAACAAAAACCUUGAUAUGAAAUCAUAGAAAGCAAGAAAAUAGUAUUCUGGAAGUAGCAAUCAAAGAAAUAAUUUCAACGGUUAGAAGCUAUUAUCAAAUAACAACUAGAGAAGCUAAGGAGUAAAUAAAUCUCUGAAAAGUCCUAAAAGUCCUGGAGUCAAAAAUAUUUUCCAAAGAAAUCACUCAAAGAAAAUAGUGGAAGAAAUUAAAUAGUAGAAAAUAGAAGAGGAAGAAAAAGUACCAAAUGAAUACCCACCUAAAAGAGCUUCAGUUGGAUUGGGUUAUUAUUAGACAAAUUAUUUCUCUCAGAUAAUUGGUGAUCAGAUGAAAAAUGAGACAGAUGUGCUUCCUAAUCUGACUUUCGAUGAAUAAAACAUAAUUUCAAGUGACUCAAUUAUUAUGCAAUAGAAACGUAAGCCUACUCUAAUGCCAUUUAAUUUACCUGGUGAUGACCUAGAUAAUUCAAAUAGAUUGUAAAAAUUUGAAGAGUUAAAGCAAGAUAUCAAAAUAGGUAUUGAUCAAAUUUAGCCUGGCAAUAAUAAAAAAGAUAAAAAUAAGCAAAAGGUGAAGCAUUAGUAAUCUCAACUAAGAUAGAAUAUUUAGUCCACACCUUAUAUAGAUUAUUCUUUAAUGAAUCAAUAGGAGUUAAUUAAAGAAAUAGAGAACUUAUAAAAGCUAAUGGGCAUAAAAGAUAAGAAAUUGACUAGAGCUGGAUAAGAAUGCUAAAAACUAAGAAAGGAGAACUAAUCACUAUAGAUAAAAUAUUAAUUUGAGCACAAAAAUAACUAAAUCUUGUUGAAAAAUUUGAAUAGAAUCCGAUAAAAUUAUUUCUAAAAUGGAAUCUAAAACUAGGCAUUCAAUGAAAGAAUUGUUAGCGUACCUAAUGAGAUAACACCAGUUUAAAGUUUCCAAUUAAGUCAAAGCAAUUUAACAUUUACCUAGGAGUUGUAAGGUAUAAUCGGAAAUCGAACUGUAACAAAUAUUAAUAGAGUGGGAUAAGUUAGUCAUUAGAGAGUCAUAUAGAAUAGGGUACAGAAUGUAAUGAAUCAACCAGAUAUUGCUGGGAAUAUUAGUGUAGCAAGUGAACUAAAUUAGAGUGGUUCAGGAUAACUUGAUAACAUUUAGAACUUAAACAUAAUGUAACCGAUUACUCGAGUUACUAAUGGCGUUAGAAGACAUUUAAUCAUGAAUUCAAACAAUUAAGGGAUAAUUGGAAGAAAUAUUGGUUCUUCAAAUUAACAUCAUGCUCAUAGAGGUGGUAAUUAGAGAAGGUAUUAAAACUAGAAUCAAAGCAGAUUUGGUCCUAAUAAUAGAACUGGAAAUAUGAGAAUGAGGCAUAACGGCAACGAAGAGGAAGCUUCGCUUUAUGAAACUCAAUAUAAUGAAGAGUCAGUAUUUAUCAACAAGGUUAAUGAAAUGAACAUAAAGACGUCAAGAUUUGAUCAACCAUAGUUGAUGAUGAGGAAUAAUAGUGCGAUGAAUGUAAGAAUGGAGGAUUUUAUUCCAAAUGAAGAACCUUUAAUAAAUGUUCGAGAAUUUUGGGCAGGAAAUUAUAGUCAUAGCUAUAGAAUGAGGAUACCUUAAAAUUAGUAUCAAAUGAAUGGACCUCAAAUUAGAGUGAAUAGACCUAAUGGUAGAUUAAACAUUAACCCUAAUGUUUAGCAUGGAAUGUACAGAAGAACAAACUAGAAUCUUCAUUAACAAAUGCUUAAUAUCAGAGGGUAGGGUAGCAUGCAUAACAUUUUCAAUAAUCAGAGAAGAUUAGGGUAGAACUAAGAAUAGGGUAUUGGGCAUCAUAGAAAUAGAGGAUUUAGUCAUGGUCCUCCUUUAAGAGAUAUUAAUGGUGACUCUCAAUCUUUAAUUGAAGAAGAGGGUUAUGAAAAUAACAAUAAUAUAAUUCUAUUUGCAAGUGGCAAUGGUAAUCACAGAUAAAUACAGCAUCCUCAACCUUAAUAUCAUUCUGAUGAUAGUUAACUUGACUUUGAGGAAGAGGAAAAGCACCAUGCUUUGCCAAGAAAUCAUUAAAUGUUCUUAUAGAAUUACAGUUUCAAUAAUAUAAAUUAGAAUAAUAUGGGUCCUAUGAUCCCUGGAUUGGGAAUCCAUGCAUAAUUCUCAGUUGAUGAUGGUGGUAUGGACGAAUAUGAUGUUGCUGAUGAGAGGGCACAUUUAUUUGAGUAUAUUAAUCCUGAUAAUAUGACUUAUGAAGAAUUACUUGCUCUUUAAGAAAGAAUAGGAUAUGUUAGUAAAGGUCUCAGUAGAGAACAGAUAAAUAAAUUUCCUAGACUGCGUAAGAAAGAUGUUAUGCAAUUGAUAGAAGCAAGAUAAAGAUAAGGAUCACGAAACUUUGAUUUCAUAAACUAAUCUGAGGAACUUAUGAAACUGAUACUCAAAAAUCCUCUUGAGGAGUCAAAGAAAACUACUAAAAAGAGAACUACAAAUAUGCUAUAGUCUAGAAGAUCUGGGAACAUUAUGAAUCAUCAUCUUCUAGUUGGAGAUGAAGACUUGGAUGAAGUUGUAGAUGGGGAUGAGGGAGUCAUAAAUAGAAGAUUACCACUAAACUCUUACAAUCAUCAAACUUAGGUUGCUUAAAAUAUUCAAAGACUCAAUAGAGGAAAUGCAAGACUUAGAGUCAUCAACGACGAAGAAGAGGGUUGUGAAAACUGUAAUGAAGAAGAUGAGGAAAGAAAAGAUGCAGAUCUUAUUGGAUCUUCACUAAAAAGAUAGGUGAUCAAAGAAAGAGAACUUUUGCUGGAUCAAAUAAAUUAAUCACAAGCUGAUGAUAGUCAAGGAAAUAACUUAGAAGAUUAGCUACAUCAAUCAUAGGUUAUCAGCUAAAGUUCCAGUAACUAAGAAAGAUGCGCAAUUUGCUUUGAUGGUAUGAAGAAUAAUGACAUUGUUAAAUUGUUAACAUGUCUUCACUACUACCAUAAUGAUUGUAUCGAUCAAUGGCUUCUUGUUGAGAAGAAAUGCCCUAUGUGUAUGAUGUACUUAGAUAACAAUAAUCAAGAUCGAUGA